GGGGUCAAGGCGCGGGGCAGAGCUGCUGGGGUCGGGGCGUCAUGCGGAGGGGUGAGCGCAAGGGUGCCGAGGGGCCGCGGCCGGGGUCCCCUGUGCCCGUGGGCAAGGCCUCGCUGGAGGAGCCGCUGGACGGCGCGGCCGCGGGCCGAGCGAGCGGGCCGGCCGCUGGCCGCCGCAGCACCGAGUCAGAGGUCUACGACGACGGCACCAACACCUUCUUCUGGCGGGCCCACACCCUGAGCGUGCUCUUCAUCCUCACCUGCGUGCUGGGCUACGUGACACUGCUGGAGGAGACACCGCGGGACACGGCCUACAACACCAAGAGAGGUAUUGUGGCCAGUAUUUUGGUUUUCUUAUGUUUUGGAGUCACACAAGCUAAAGACGGGCCAUUUUCCAGACCUCAUCCAGCCUACUGGAGGUUUUGGCUCUGCGUCAGUGUGGUCUACGAGCUGGUGCUCAUCUUUAUACUCUUCCAGACCGUCCAGGACGGCCGCCAGUUUCUGAAGUACGUAGACCCCAGGUUGGGGGUCCCGCUGCCGGAGAGGGACUACGGGGGAAACUGCCUCAUCUAUGAUGCCGACAACAAGACCGACCCCUUCCACAAUGUCUGGGACAAGCUGGACGGCUUUGUGCCCGCACACUUCAUCGGCUGGUACCUGAAGACCCUGAUGAUCCGUGACUGGUGGAUGUGCACGAUCGUGAGCGUGAUGUUUGAGUUCCUGGAGUACAGCCUGGAGCAUCAGCUGCCCAACUUCAGCGAGUGCUGGUGGGACCACUGGAUCAUGGACGUGCUCGUCUGCAACGGGCUGGGCAUCUACUGCGGCAUGAAGACUCUCGAGUGGCUGUCCCUAAAGACGUACAAGUGGCAGGGCCUCUGGAACAUUCCGACCUACAAGGGCAAAAUGAAGAGGAUCGUCUUCCAGUUCACGCCCUACAGCUGGGUCCGCUUCGAGUGGAAGCCAGCCUCCAGCCUGCGCCGCUGGCUGGCCGUGUGCGGCAUCAUCCUGGUGGUAAGGCCUGUGGCCUCCUGCAUGCCCCUGCCCUCCCCGCCGCGGGCGCCCUCCACCCUCCUCUGCCCCCAGUUUCUCUUGGCAGAGCUGAACACCUUCUACCUGAAGUUUGUGCUGUGGAUGCCCCCCGAGCACUACCUGGUCCUCCUGCGGCUAGUCUUCUUUGUCAACGUGGGCGGCGUGGCCAUGCGGGAGAUCUACGACUUCAUGGACGACCCGAAGCUCCACAAGAAGCUGGGCCAGCAGGCCUGGCUGGUGGCGGCCAUCACCGUCACGGAGCUGCUCAUCGUGGUGAAGUACGACCCGCACACGCUCACGCUGUCCCUGCCCUUCUACAUCGCCCAGUGCUGGACGCUCGGCUCCGUGCUCGCCCUCACCUGGACCGUCUGGCGCUUCUUCCUGCGGGACAUCACCCUGAGGUACAAGGAGACACGGCGGCAGAAGCAGCAGGGCAGGGACGACCAGGGCAGGGCGGACGGCAGCGUGGACGGGCGCCCACCAGGGCCCGACGACCCCUCGGGGCCCGAGGAGGCCGAGAGGGAGGGGGUGCCAGCACCGCACUGACGCUGUGGCUGGGCCUGCAGAGCCCAGGCCCGGCGCCCUCCGCCCUCUGCGGUUCCCGCCAGGAGCCCUCCAGCAGGCCUCAGCCCUCAAGGUUCUAUCUCCCUUUUCUCCCGCGUGCACGGUGGGGUGGGGCGCGCGCGUGUGUGUGGUGUGUGCACACGUGUGGGUGCGUGUGUGUGUGCACGUGUGCUCCUGAGGCCCUGGGGCUCGCCCUGGGCCGGCUGGUCCCCCUUCUGUGCAGUCAGCCCGCCGCCUUGGCCACCCCGAGCCUUGGUGCCCAGACGGCCCAGCCCAGGCAGCAGCGUCUCGGUGCCCCUCUCCGCUCCCUGGGCCCCGCCGGUCCCCCACGACCUUCUGGCGGCACGUGUGAAGGACAGUCGUCCAGGGACGCCCUGGCGUGGCUGGGAAAGGGCAGAUCCGCUUCCUCGGGAGCUUCCAUCUGACCCUCCAACCUGGAGGUGCGUGCACAGGGCUGCCCGCACAUCGACUCAGAGACUCCAAGGCCUGGUGCCCGCCGUCAGGAGGGUGGGUCGUGAGGGAGGGUCUCUGUGGCCCAGGGUUGAGGUCACCCCCACGAGCAAACAGAACAAAUAAAAGCCACGGUGACGGCCUGCAGCUCCGCAGCUCCUCGCUGCCCCUCGCCCCUGCCCCACCCUGUGCCGCCCAGAGGGCAGCUGGGAGCCACUUGGGCUGGACACCUAUCCUGGCAGACGACCAGAGGGCACGAGGGUCGCCGGCCCCCCGGCGCCUCCUGCUGCAUCCGCCCCUCGGGCCGGUCCCAGGGAGCUAGUUCUGGGCGGGGUGUGGGUGACGGCACACUGUCUUCAGGCUUCACACGCACCGGCGAAGGGAAGCGCCCUGAUUUCCGAGCAAGGGUGACACUCCCGACCUUCCCAAGGGCAGGGCCUCUCAGAGCGCCAGGGCCUUGGUGGUGGACUUGUUUCCUUAGUUUAUUUUCCCGCAACUAUUUCUAGGGAGAAUUUCAAACCUAGGGCGGCGGUUGUGAGGACGGACAGCGGCGUGCCUGUGCCCCCACCCCACCCUCUGCUCUUGCGUUGUGCUGUUGAGCUGAGUUUCUCAGCCUCUGGCUUCCGUGGGCUUCCUCACGUCAGGGGUGUGACCCGGGGCCUCAGUGUGCCCCACCCCACCUGCUGCUGUCCGAGUGUCACCUUUGAUCUGGGUUUAGGGCCGACGCCUGUCCCAACACUGCGGAGACACCAAGCGUCCUGUCUGCCCACCUCCACCCGGGGUUCUCGGCGUCACAGGGUUCAGUCGCUCUGGUCCCAGAUUACCUCAUUCCUGUGGCCUGUGCUCUCCCUGCAGGGCUGGAGGCCCGUGUUGCUCACUGGUCCCAGGCGUGGCCCCCAGGAGCGGUUUCUGGCCCACGGUGGGUGCGGGUUCCCCUGGAGCGUCUCCCGGGUCCACCCAGUCCUCCACAAAUCCUGCUCUCUUCUGGGGGCCCUGGGUACCUUCAGGGCUUCGUCGUGAUGGCAGGAAGUUACUGCCCAGGCGCCGACCCUCUGAAAGCUGCCCAGUGUCACACCUUGAUCGUGCUGCUCAGGACAGGUCACCCCUACGCUGUCCGCCCACGGCCAGACGAGGCCAGUGAGACGGAGCAGACCCUGCCCUUACGUCCACAGGGCUCCAGCCUCCACCAGGAGAGCACUCGGGAGCCAGCCGUCGGCAGGCUCGGCCAGGCCCUGGGAGCAGCUCCCAGCCGGGCUUUCCGGCCCACACACAGGAGGUCCGAGCACGCUGCCAGCCAAUGACCAACGCUGCUGGCCAAGGUGAGCCAGGCCCCGAGGCCAGGGGCCACGUUCUGGUGCCCCUUAGUGCAGGCGGGAUGCCGUCCUCACAGACCCGAGGCAGGGAAGGCCUGUAGGACGGGGUGGCCUACGAGGCCGCAAGGAGCAGGACCCCGCCAGCACCUGGGGAGCUCAGACCGGACCCCCACGGAGGACCCCGCUGGGCGCAGCCGCCACCAGGCCCGGACCCCCGACUUGACUUGCCUAAGGCUGCUACGUCUGUGGUGCUCACGAAAACAUCACCCCCUUGACACCAGAGCCUCGUGGGGACCACGAGAACAGACAAAGACCCCUCCUGCCAGAAAAGCGUUUUAAUAAAGUGCCUAAAAUGCUCUCCCAAAAAUAAGCUGAUUUAAGCUCUUCUCUCGGUUAAAGCCAGGACUCCUCGUGGGAGGAGGGCCGUCUGGGGAGGGGCGUCAGAAGAUGAUCCGCAGGCCGGGCUUGCUCCCCUCCAGGGCCCGCAGGCGCUCCUCCACCACCUCCGUCCAGUAGAUGUCGUACAGGCUGCAGGGAGGGAGGGGGUGAGGUAGCAGCAACACCCCCCACCCCGCCCCGUGUGCCUCGCCUGUCCCCCGCACCCCAGGGCCACUCACACCAGCUGCUCCAGGGCGCAGCCGGGCUGCUCCAGGCUGCCCAGCAGCUGCAGGACGCCGGCGUCACCCAGGCCGUUGUUGCUCAGGUCCAGCUCGCGCAGGCUGCGAUUGGUCAGCAGGAGCGAGGCCAGGCCUCCACAGGCGCCGUCUGUCACGUCACAGUCCCCCAGCCUGGGCGGAGGGCAGGGCCGAGGUCAGGUGGAGGGUGCGCCCCCAGGUGGCUGUGCAACCAGGGCCCAGGCCCUGAUCAUGGAGCGCGAGGGGGCGGGUUUGAGUCUUAGCUGUCCCCACCCUCAGCCCGGGCGGACGGGGCGCCCCCCGAGCAGGCUCACCAGAGCACCCUCAGUGUGGCGCCGGGCUGGCACAGGGCCUGGCACAGGGCUUGGACGCCCGAGUCGCCCAGCUGGUUGUUGCUCAGCUGCAGCUCCAGGAGACGCUUGUUCUGGGUCAGCAUCGAGCCGAAGUGGUGGCAGCAGGCGGCCGUGAGGCUGCAGGACUUCACCCUGCGGGCGGCAGACGGGGACUGGGGCCACCGUGGCCCACGCCACUGGGGUGCCCCGGGAGGGCCCUGGGGAUCUGAGCGCCAGCGCCCCGCCCCCGCCACCGAGUCUCUGCCUGUCUUCAGUGGCUCCACCUCGGCGCACACCCCCCCCGCCCCCCGAGGGCACCUGCACCUCGCCAGCCCCCGGCGCUGGCCCCCCCGGGCCACCCAGGAUCCUCUGCAUGGGCCCUCCCAUCCCCUGGUGCCACGCGGCCCCCUCACCACAGGGACUCCAGCUGGCAGCCCGGCUGCAGCAGGCUGUCGCACAGCAGCCGGGCGCUCUCGUCACCCAGACUGUUGCCUGCCAGACUCAGCUCCUUCAGGGUCUCCUUGGCCUGGAGGAUGCGGCAGAGGUCUCUGCAGCCACUGGCGGUGAUGUCACACUCCCAGAGCCUACAGAGGUGAGUCCCCCGUCAGCACAGAGAGGCUCCCAACGCGUCCUGCCACCCCCAAGUUUUUGUCUGCCCAGCCGGAGGCCAGCUCACCAGAGGGUCUUGAGCUGGGAGCCGGGGCUCAGCAGCCCAGGGCACAGCUCCGCGAUGCCUGCAUCGCCCAGCGGGUUGCUGCCCAGGUCCAGCUCGUUCAGCGAGGCCUGGGAGGCCACGAUCCCACACAGGUCCUUACAGUUGGCCGGCGUGAGGCCGCAGUUCUCCAGCCUGGGGGCACGAGAGGCGCUAGGAGCUGGGGCGCCCCCCCCCCCAGCCCCCGCCCUGCCCCCCAGCCCCAGCCCGGAGCUUACUUGAGUGCCUCCAACUGGCAGGCGGAGUCCGCCAGGCCCCGGCACAGCUCCCGGAUGCCAGCCUCGCCCAGGUCAUUAUUGCUCACCAUGAGCUCCUUCAGGUCCCGUGUGGCCCUGAGCACCGCGGCCAGGGGCUCACAGGCCGCGGCCGUCAGGUUGCAGUACUCCAGCCUGGGGGCGGGCGGGCAGUCAGCCCCUCGGCCGCAGGAAUGCGGCUUGGCCCAGGGGGCACCGGUCUGGGUCUCCUUUCCCACCCCAGCCGUGAGGCCUGCGGAGACCGGACGGCUGCCUGGCGGUGACAGCACGGCAGUGGCCGAGGGGCCAUCUCCCUGGGUGGCGGGUGCCCAGAGACCCAGGAGAAAGACACCCAGCCCGAGCUGGGGCUUUCCGGCUUGGCUUCCUCCCUCUGUGGCUGACCCCGUCUGUGUGCUCACUCGGGGUCACAGGCCAGCUGCCAGCUGCUUUCAGAGGCCACAACCCCAGCCUCAGGGAAGAGCCCCUCCUCGAAGCUCCCUGCAGCCGAUGAGCUGGGGAGGGGGCUUGCCCAGGGCAGACAGCCGAAACCCAGGGGACGGGUGGGUGCGGGCACCUCAGGGCCCCGGGUGGGGUGCACACUCACUGCAGCUUCUCCAGGUGGCACUGCGGGUCCAGGAGCCCCUCGCAGAGCAGCUGCAGGCCGGCGUCACCCAGCGGGUUGUCGCUGAGGUUCAGCUCCCGCAGGGUGGACAGGGAGCGCAGCACGCCGGGCAGGACCCCGCAGCCGGCCUCCGUCAGGCAGCAGUUCUGGAGGCUGGACACACGUGGCCGUCAGCGGGCCCCACGAGCCGGCUGCGGCUCCCACGCAAGACGAGCCACCCUCCAUCUGCCGGAGCCCAAGCAAGGCGGACACAGAACUGCCGCCACCACACACAUCCCCACGGGGGAGGCCAGGCAGCCGGCCUUGCAGGAGGAGAUGCGGGGUGGGGGCCGCGAGAGAGGGCUCAGGUGUGCCUCAGGGCCCAGAGCCCAGGAGUGACCGGCAUGGCUCACCUGAGCUUCUGGAUCUUGCAGGUGGGGCUCUGCAGGCCCUGGAGCACCAGGUGCACGCCGCCGUCGCCCAGCUCAUUGGUGCGGAGGCUGAGCUCCGUCAGGGAGGGGUUGGCCCGGAGCGCGGAACCGAUGUCCUUGCACCGCACCUCCGUGAGGCCACAGUCGUCCAGCCUGCAGACAGACACUCAGUCACUUCACACAGCAGGUUGUGACCCAUUCUUGGGCCAAGAACUCGACGAGGUGGGUCACAACCAACACAUCUUAUAAUGAAAGAGAAAAAGCGCGUGGAUCGUCUCGUAAAAACUGUUAAGAUACUGGCACCUAUAUGGACGCGUAUCUCCGCAUCUUCCCCGGGACACGGUCAGGGGGCACAAGUGCCCCUCCACCCCCAGGAGAGAAACCAAACCUGGAGGCGGCAGCUCGAGGGCAGAGCCCGGCUGAAGAGGCUCGGAGAGGCCAGCGUGGAACGUGCCAAACCCUGACCCAGGAUCACGUCCACCGAUUAAGUGAACCACUGAGUCAAUACAGGUGGAAGGAAAGCCAGCUCUUCCUCAGAGAAUGACAAGUGAUAAAUGUGGAAGGAAUGAAAAAAUUAAAAACCCCAGUGAGGCAGAGUCCCAGGAACACUUCAGGCCAAAAACCCACCAACAGCUGCGACGAUCAACAGGCAAAAAGUCCGAGCAGGAACAGGGCGUGAGCAGAGUCUGAAGGGGUGUCACGCCGAGAAGUGGCAGGCACCCGCAUCAGGUGGUCACGGCGACCAUCAGGGGUGACCACAUGGCACCGCUGUGACAACACCUCCCACGAUACGAUACGCCAGGCAGGACACAACGUCAUUUCUGUGUUGUCUGUGGCCAAAACGUGUGACUCGACCCUGAGAAGACGCCAGAGGCCCUUUCACCUGAGCCCGAGUGAGCGGACCCCAGAGGCAGGCGGCCAAGGACAAGGCGGGACGGAGGGACCAUCACAGACAGGAGGGGCCGUGGAGACGUGGCGAUGAUGCCGUGGCGGGUCCCGCACGAGCCGGGAACAGGAGAGGACACGCACGGAAAAGCCGGUGACGUGAGUCAAGGCGGCCGUGUCGGGCUCUUCGCUUUGACCAGCGCCCCAGGCGACGGGGCACGGGGGACCCUGCACUGUCUUUGUGACUCUUCCAUAAACCUUCCAUAAAACUAUUCCAUAAAACUAUUUCAAGUAAGUUCAAAAGAAGAAAGAUAAGCAGGGACUUGAGGACACAGGGAGGGGAAGGGUAAGCUGUGACAAAGUGAGAGAGUGGCAUGGACAUAUAUACACUACCAAACGUAAAACCGAUAGCUAGUGGGAAGCAGCCGCGUAGCACAGGGAGAUCAGCUCGGUGCUUUGUGACCACCCAGAGGGGUGGGAUAG